GGAUGUUAAGCGUUAUCAAACGUGAGAACGCGAAGAGACGCUGUCUAUUUGCAGAGACGCCGCUAAUAUAAUAUCCCCUGAGUGGCUACUGUAAACAUAAAUAUAUUGUCGUAGAGCCGACCGAAGGGAAGUCCUUAUUUGUAUGAUUGUGGUCUUCGAACAGAUUGAAUAUAACAUGUCCAGGAUAUCAUCUCAUCGGUUCUCUCAUCACUCAGCCUCGUUUUUUGCUAGUUCAUUUUCUUCUCCUCGGUCAUGUUGAUACCCAACGUCAUUGGCUGGACCUAUGUCUUGCUGGUAUUGGAGCAUAUUUGGUCAAGCAAGUGUUGAACAAGAAUCCUGCAUCAUAUCCCCCCGGCCCCCGUGGGUGGCCUCUCGUUGGGAAUAUCCAAGACAUGCCUCAAACCAAGCCUUGGCUCACCUUUGCGGAGUGGGGUAAGAAGUACGGCGCUAUCUCGCAUGUUGAGGUCCUGGGUCAGCACAUUAUUGUGCUAAAUUCAGUCAAAAGCGCGGUGGACAUGUUGGACAAGAAAGGCACCGUGUAUUCUGACCGUCCUGUUCUGCCUAUGGGUGGCGAACUUGUUGGGUGGAAGCACACUUUGGGUCUUCUCCCGUACGGUGACCGCUUCCGCCAGUACCGCAAGAAUAUACACCAAAUCAUGGGCAAUCGCGCCGCCUUGGAUGUCUACCACCCGAUCGAGGAGAUCGAGACUCGCCGAUUCCUGAAGCGCGUGUUUUCAAACCCCGAGCAACUGCAAACUCAUGUCCGACACACCGCUGGCGCUAUCAUUCUACGGAUCUCUCACGGUUAUGAGGUGAAGGAGAACAACGAUCCAUUUAUCGACCUUGCGGACCGUGCUAUGGACCAAUUCUCGAGGUCCACUGCUCCCGGCGCCUUCAUAGUCGACAUCGUGCCAUUCUUGGCCAACGUCCCCGAGUGGUUUCCUGGCGCUGGCUUCAAGCGCUUGGCUCGUGAAUGGUGCCAGGACCUAAAAGAUAUGGUUGAUGUACCGUACAAGUUUGUUAAGGAACAAAUGGUUACCAAGAAUCUGUGGCGUUACGAUCAUGAGUUGAACAUUUUACAGGAUGCUGGCAUUGCCCCGAUAUCUUUCACCUCGAAUCUGUUGGAAGGCCGUACUACUCUGUCUGCUGAAGAGGAUCACAUGGUGAAAUGGUCUGCUGCAUCCCUAUACUCCGGUGGUGCCGACACGACGGUUUCUACAAUAUACUCGUUUUUCCUUGCUAUGACACUGUUCCCUGAUGCGCAGAAGAAGGCCCAGGCUGAAAUAGACGCUGUUGUUGGUCCUGAUCGUCUUCCCUCCUUCGCAGACCGCGACUCUCUCCCUUAUACUGAGGCGCUUGUGAAAGAAGUCCUUCGCUGGAAUGUUGUCGGCCCUACCGCUAUCCCCCAUCGCGUCACCGAAGACGAUAUCCAUGACGGGUACCACAUCCCAAAAGGUUCCUUGGUAAUACCUAACAUUUGGUUCAUGCUCAAUGACCCGCAGACAUAUACCAACCCCUCGCAAUUCAACCCUGAACGCUUCUUGGACAAUAACGGAAAAGAUCCCGAACCCGAACCUCGCACGAUCUGCUUUGGAUUUGGUAGACGUAUCUGCCCCGGUCUCCACCUCGCCGAUGCCUCCGUCUGGAUAUCCACCGCGAUGUCACUCGCUGUGUUUGAUAUCUCCAAGGUGAUCGAGAAGGGUGUCGAGGUCACCCCUGAAGUUGACCAUACAUCAGGCACGAUCAGCCACCCCAAGCCGUUCAAGUGCUCUAUUAAUCCUCGUUCUGCAAAAGCUAUUGCGCUCAUUCAGCAGGAUGCUAACUACUGAGGACACGAAGAUGACUCUCGUAAUCUAUCUGUGAUGUAUGAUUUUGUACAUAUAUUUCUGUUUCAUUGAAUUGAAUUAUAACGCUA